UUUGCAUAGAUAUGGAUGCACUAUUAUUCAUGAGCUUAAUCGCAAUUAUCUCAAUGUUUCUCUUUUUCUUCUUCUUUCAGAAACAUAAGGCCAAUGUUCCACCAGGAUCGAGUGGAUUGCCAGUGGUCGGGGAAAGUAUCAAGUUUGUAUUAUCAGGGCCUCAAGGAUUUAUCAGAGAACGGAUGGAAAAAUAUGCACAAGACGUGUUCCAGACCUCGUUGUUCGGACAAAAAAUGGCUCUGUUUUGUGGACCGCAGGGGAACAAGUUCCUCUUUUCUAAUCAGACCAAAUCACUUGCCUCCUGGUGGCCAUUGUCAGUGAGGAAGGCCUUAUUUUUCCCCGAGGUUGUGGAGUCUUCUACAGACAAAAUUGCUUCUCUCCAGCAUAGUUUUAUGCGUGAAAUUCUCAAGCCAGAGGCUCUGAAACAUUACAUACCAGUCAUGGACUCGAUGGCACGAGAGCAUGUGGAGUCUGAAUGGGCUGGUCAUGAGGUAGUCAAGGCGUAUUCAGUGUCAAAGAAAUACACGUUUGAUUUGGCGUGCAAAUUGUUAAUGAGUGUAGAUGAUGCUGAGCAUGUCGCCAGACUAGCCAAGUAUUUCACUCUCGUUAAUACUGGAUUGUUCUCCGUCCCAAUUGAUCUGCCUGGCACAGCUUAUAGCAGAGCUAUUAAGGGUGGAAAAUCAGUUCGAGCUGAGCUUAUGAAGAUCAUUACUAAGAGGAGAAAGGAUAUCAUGGAGAACAACUUAGAAAAAGCGACUAGAUCAGAUUAUCUGUCUCGCGUGCUGCUACUGACUGAUGAAAAUGGCGAUUUCAUCAGUGAAAGGGAAAUCACUAACAACAUUAUUGGUCUUCUUUUUGCUAGCUAUGAGACUACCAGCAGUGCCAUAACCUUUGUGCUCAAGUAUCUUGCAGAACUUCCAGAGAUCUAUGAUAAGGUCUAUGAAGAACAAAUGGAGAUAGCAAAAUCAAAGAAAGGAGACUUGUUGAAGUGGGAAGAUAUACAGAAGAUGAAGUACUCCUGGAACGUUGCGUGCGAGACUCUGAGGUUCAUACCACCUGCACUUGGCGGGUUUAGAGAGGUUGUCAGUGACUUCACAUACGCAGGUUUCACCAUUCCUAAAGGAUGGAAGACAUUAUGGACUGUUCAUACAACACACAAGAAUCCUAAGUACUUUGCAGAUCCGGAAACAUUUAAUCCAUCAAGAUUUGAAGGGAAAGGACCUGUUCCAUACACUUAUGUACCCUUUGGUGGAGGAUCUCGAAUGUGUCCGAGAAAAGAGUAUGCUCGUCUUGAAAUUCUUGUGUUUCUUCAUAACAUUGUCACGAAAUUCAAACUGAAGAAAGUGAAUCCCCAAGAGAAUAUAGAAUUGUACUUUCUCCCUGUAGCAAAGGAAGGUCUUCCUCUGCAUCUGAUUGGCCACAAAAUCUGAAUAUGAAUUUCCUACGCGAUUAUUUUUCUAGUAUCAUAUUGUAACAGGGAAUGACCCCUGAAUUGUAACUUGAUUCUUCAAUUACUUUUCUCUUUGAUUUUGGAUGGAAAUAUUAUUUUCACCUUUUAA